AUGGCCCAUUCCACUCCUCGUCAUAGUCCGACUCGCAGUCGUACCCCUUCUGUUCCCCCAUCACGACGUUCCACCCGCAUAGUUACUCCUCUUCGCACCAACGCCAGAUAUGUCCGAACAAAUAGUGACUGCCGUAAAUCGUUAUCUCAAGAUCCGAGAAGUUCCUCUGACUCUGAAUCUAGUAUCUCCGGGAUUCCCAAGCCAUCAAGAUCCAAUGCCAACCCUCGGCAACAUCAAAAGAAAAAAAACCAAUCCAACGAACAAACCAACACCAACCGGACUCAAAGUGCCAUGGAUCUGACACAGGAUUCCGACAACGAGAACUUCAAAGUCACCAAAAAGCGAAAAAAAUGUGCACGAAAGGACUCCGAAUUUGGCUUAGAUGAAAUUGAGCUUUACUUUCAUGAACCAUUCUAUGAGGAGGGGGAAACAAAGGAAGGGCCUCCAAUGCAUUACAAAUGCAAAUGGUGUGGCAUUCCCUAUAAGAAAGGUGAUGGCUCCCGUGGAAAUCUAGUUAAACAUCGUGAUGGUGCCGCCAAUCGAUCUGCCUGUAAUCAACGAGCCAAGGCAAUCCGCUCAGGAGCUAAACUACCACUAACUGCAAAAGAGAUUGCAUCCAAAAAGCGCUCCGAAGAAUCUGGCACCGCAAACUUCAUACAUUCAGGAAAAUUUGAUCCCAAGAUACUCAACCAACUCAUCGUUCUAUGGAUUGUACAAAGCUCGUUGCCAUGGAGCCGAAUCGAAGAUAAACUUCUGCGUCUUGCCUUCCGUUACGCUCGACCAGGACUCAAGCUCAAUUCUCGUGUCUGGGCUGCAAGUGAAGCACACUCGCUGUACUGUAAUUUACAGGAAAAGGUUGUCUCGAUGCUCCAGACUCCUAUUUAA